AUGGAGUUUAUAUUGGAAGAGAGUUCUAAUGAUGUUCACUUAAGCACGAGAUGUUCAAAGGAUAAGAGAAAUGUUAUUUUUGAAACUUUGCUAAAACACAGUGUGAAUGGAAAAGUGAAAUAUGGUUCAAUUAAAGAUGUUGCAAAUGUGUACUCUGUUUCUACAAGAACUGUUAGUCGAAUAUGGAAAAAAGGGAUUGCUUGUGUUGCAAACGGUGUUCCAGUUGAUAUUUCUUUAAACUUGUCAGGUAAUGUUGGAAGGAAAAUGAUUGCAAUUAAUCCCGAAGAUGUUGCUAGAAUCCCCUUGAAUCGCCGGACAACAAUUCGUUCUAUGGCUAGUGCACUAAGCAUGUUAAAAACAAGCCUUCACCGGAGAGUUAAAGAAGGAUCUUUGAAAUCCCACUCAAAUGUUAUCAAGCUUAUGCUAACAGAGGAAAACCGGAAGGAAGAUGAACCAUAUCGUACUUGUAAAAGUAAAAAGUUUAUAACAAAAGUUAUGUUUCUUUGUGAUGUUGCUCGCCCUCGGUUUGAUUUAGAAAGAAAUGAAAUGUUUGAUGGGAAAAUUGGGAUGUUCCCAUUUGUUUAUAAAGAACCAGCUAAGCGUAGAAGUAAGAACCGGGAGGCUGGAACCUUAGAAACUAAGCCCAUUGAAUCUGUAAAUAAGGAAGUGACAAGAACAUGGUUGAUUGAUUAUGUAUUGCCUGCAAUACGAGCAAAAUGGCCUCCAAGUAGUUCCAAGACUAUAUAUAUUCAACAAGAUAAUGCAAGGCGACAUAUUACUAUGAAUGAUGUUGAAUUUUUGGAGGCUGCAAAGAAAGAUGGCUUUGAUAUUCACUUAACUUGUCAGCCUCCAAAUAGUCCAGACAUGAAUGUAUCGGAUCUCGGUUUUUUUAGAGCUCUUCAAUCUUUACAACAUCAAGAAGCUCCUCGCAAUGUGGAUGAACUAGUUGCUGCUACUCAUAAAGCUUUUAAUGAGAUCUCAGUAGAAAGUCUCAGUAAUGUUUUUCUAACAUUGCAACUAUGUAUGGUUGAAGUUAUGAAAAAGUUCUGCUCAGAGGUCCAAAGAAUUUAUGUGAAGCAGUUAAACACUAUAGUUUGCAGUUACAGUACAAGUUUCAGUAUAGUUUUUGCUAUUUUUCCUAUGGCAUGCAUGGGUGAUAACUGUGGAAAUAGGAAUAAUGUUAAAUGA